GAAAAUGGCACCUGGCCAACAAACAAAAAUGGCAGUGUGUGUAGCUGUAAUCGCCAAAGAGGUAAAACAUGAUAUUGUUGUUCUAAUUUAAUGACACCACCUGACAGUCUUCUAAUAAUAUAUAAAUGGGAACAUAAAGAUAGCGCAUACCACCCCAUAACUAGAUCUAAUAAGUUGGGUAGUUAAGCUUAAAUAUUAAUGUCAACAAAUGAAAAUGAACUUUCAAAAAUGUAAUAGUAAUAGUUACUGAUUCAAUAUUCAAAUUCAAUGCAUCAAUAAUCAAUGCAAUUCAAUGACAUUUUUUGGUCACUAUUACGACUAUACUAUACAGUGUAUAGUAUACAGUUACACUAUACAUAACAUAGGUACCAGAGGCUAUUUUAUUAUACUAAAUCAUAUAUUAAAUUAAAGUAUAAGUAUAAGUAUUGAGUCGAGUAAGAGUAAGAGUGAUAUUUCGUCUUGUCUUAGCAUCAAUAAAAUAUAGUACUAGUACAUUAGUACAUAAUAGUAAUAAUAAUAAUACGUGUCCAUAUUUUUAUUUUUUUUGGGGGGGGGGGGUCUGGACAGAAAAUAGGAAGCACAUAAAUAUUUAUUAAAAGAAACGACAGGAAAUACCAGAAAAAAGGGUAUUGUAAUUCGAAGUGUCUACACGUCCGGCGCGCAAGAUAUACGUCCGGCGGCUUGUCUCGUGACCGCCGGACAUGGCCGGACGGCUAGUAGUUUUUAUAAUUCCAAACGAAGUACGAUUUAGUACAUCUUGUCUGGUCUUGUGGUAGAGUGGUUGCUUGACGAUAGGAAGGUUUGAGGAUCUAUACCGGGGAUAGGGUCUUUUUUUUCUUCCCAUUUUAAUUAAAAUAUUUUGUAUAUAUUUAUAUUAUCAUGUUCCUCAACAACAGUAGUUUCAUGAGAAGUUUUUAAAUAUUUUGUAGCAAUUGAAAUAAUUUAAAAUGAAAUCUUUUACUUUAACUUUUAUUGGUUGCCUACGCCUACUCCACACUGGCCCCUAAUUUAUUUUAUGGAUUACUGGUACACAAACUCAAAUAACAAACUAAACAAAAAUGUUUACAAGCCACUUUCACUUAAGUUUUUUUCUAUUAUUUGCAUUCAAGAUACUCAGUACAUUACUUGGUAGAGAAAUAGAUUUUAAAAUUAACAAUAGUUUUGAAUUAUUCGCAGUCACGUGACAAGGCUGACCGACAAGAUAUCUCUCGCCACUUUGUUACGGCGGUCAUGUGACUUGGUCGCCGGACACAUAGUCCGGGAGAUAGACGUCCGGCGCGCCGGACGUGUAGACACUGCCAUUGUAAUUUCGUUGUCAAAAUGCUUCCCUCCACUUUUUAAUUUACUGAGGGUAUUGUUUCGCCAUUUAUAGUCGAUAAUAUGCAUAAUAAUAAAUUCUACAUCAGCCAAAUACAUAAAGCCGACAUCUUGCUUGUUGUAUAGAGAGUUUGUUUGAUUUUUUUUUUCAAGGCUAAAGCUUUGAAAAUUGAAGUUAAAAAUAGGGAAUCUUCACUCAUCAAUAACUUUUUAUAAAAAUGGUUUCUUUAAAAUAAAAAGGGUUUAUUUAAGUUAUAGGGUCAUUUAUAACAUAUCCAAAAUUCAUGAGUGUAGACCAUCGGCAGGCUUCAAAAACAAAAAUCUAAGAGGUCAUGUAAGUCAUGUUUUUAAGCUAUGUAAUUUGUCAUCAUGACCACCAUGCUUGUCUGCUUAUUUGAUAGCAGCCGUGGGGUAGUUAAUAAUUCAUUAAAUUUGUUUUACAGAAUAUAAAUGGGAAAUAUAACUAUUAAUAAGUCAUUUAGUUAAAUAAAACAAUGUUUUAUAACAUAAACAAUUAUUAUUUGCUUAUGAAAUGUCAGUGUUUUUAAAAUUAAGGGGUUGUUUGCCAUGGACUUGGGAUUGAUAACCACUUGUAUUUGAUUUUGAUUUAUAAUAGGCUUAGUUGAAAUAAUUAUAAUAAUAGUAAUGACUUGGUGAGUGGGAUAAAUAGCUUUUAUUAAAAAUAAUACAUUAUAUUAGUUUAUAUAUUAUAUGAAUAUAUAUAGGCCUAUAUAUUUAAUAUAUAUAUAUUUAAUAUAUUUAAUUUAUAUAGGCCUAUAAGUAUAAGCUUAGUAUAAUAUAUAGUAUAGGCCUAACUCCAACCCAAUUUAUUAUUUGUAGGGCUUAUUGUAAAAAAAGUAUAUGUAAUGAAAUUUUACACUAUAUAAUCAUAUUAUUAUUCUGAAGGCAUAAAAUAAUUAAAACAAAUAUUCACUUACCUUUGGUAUUGAAAUAUCAUAUAUUUAAUCACAUAUCACAAGCGAAUUAUUAUAUAAACCUAAUUAUUCACAAAGAAAAAACACACUUUCUGCCGCAAUAAUGAAGGAUUUCUUAAGAUAUUAUUAAAGAACAAUCAUACAAACUUAUACUUACCUAAAGCAAAAGACUAGAAAUUAUUUUAAUUUUUAUCAACUGCAAAAGUUGAUUCUUACAGUUCAUGUGAAACAACAUAUGACUAACUUAAAAUAAAUGACAUACUAAUUUUUUGUCAUAUUCAUCUAGGACUAAAAUACAUACUGGUAUAUAGAAAAUGGUAAAAUAAAAAGUGUAAUAGUCAAUUUUAACUAAAUGAAACAAAUAAUCCCUUUAUUAUUUGUUUAUACUUAUAAAUGUUAAACAAUGCCACUGAAAAUUUAAAAUUAAUAUCUCAAGAAUAUUAUUAUUAUUAUAAGUUUUGGGAAAUUAAAAAAAAAAAAUUUUAAGCAAAAUUAAUUAAUUAAUAACAAAUAAGUGACGAGUCAGCAUAUUUAAACAUUUUUUAAUAAGGAAAAAAUAGUUUUUUUACCUAAAUUUUUGCAUCAUAUUAACAAAAGCUAACUUAUAUUUUUUGGCUUUAUUUAGAACUACUCUUAGUUAACUAUGUUCCCUGUAUUAUAUCUUUGUUUCAUUUUAUAAUAAAGUUAUAGGAGUUUAAUGAAAGGCAAAAUGAGGGUCACAAAUGUGGAGGAAAAUCCCAUAGUGAAAAAGUGGUUUUGAGGUCCCUACUAAAAAAUUCAUAACUUUUUAACCACUUGAGCCAGAAAGUUGAUCUUGGCGUUUUUGUAAUCUAUUCUCCAGGCUCUAUACAGCUGUAGUAUUGUUGUAUUUUUAAAAAUGUUUUGAAAUUUUCAUCAAAGUACCUAAUAUAGGGUUCAGGUUAGGUUUUAGUGACAGUGAAUUAUAAAAGUUCACGGGUUGUGGCAACCAAGAAGGCGGCCAUGUGAUACGUCAUGGCCAAUGUUCCCUUUAAGCUGCGCGGCCGCGCAGCUAUCUCACAGACGCCGCGCAGCAAAUUUCCAUGUAAGUGUGUGUUUGUGGGCUGAAAAAUUUUGCACACAAAAAAAUUAAUGCUGUAAAACUUUGCACACAACUGUACGAUUUUGCACACAAACUAAAAAACCUUAGAGGGAACAUUGGUCAUGGCACCAAUUGUCUUCAUUUACCAAAAUAGAUUAUUUAUAUCUCUAACUAAUUCUAAUGCUGCAAACAUAUCAGUGGGAAACCUUCAGUUGGUGGGCAGAAAAAACGCAUCAACAUUUCAAGGCAAGGGCUGUCUAAAUUCUUCACUUAAACCUUGAAGAUUGACCUUGAUUCCUUGGAGAUACUUGCCAUGGGCCGUGCAAGCUGGCAUAGAGGGCAGACUUACUGUCUGAGUGAGCAAAAUACUCAGAGAAUAAGCACACUGCUCACACACAAAGAAAGUGCAUGUGAAGAAAAAGCAAAAUUGACUCAACCUUUUAGGACCUAAAAUAAUGUGUACCCACAGUGGGUUGAUAAUUGAAGGACUGCAUUCAAGCUAUCUGAAUGAAAUAGUAAAGCUUUCCAUUGGUUCUAAAAUUUUCGAUUCCCUGCGCCCUUGCCAAAUUUACCUUUUCACCAGGUGCACUUAAUUAAAUUCUGACAAGUACAAUUUGGAAUAGUUGUUACGCACUGGCUUCUCUUGUGAGAAAUUAAUCUCUUAUUUUUAAUUUUAUUGGCUCGUUGUAAACAGUGCCUAACAAAGGACGAUACCAUAGAGUCAACAAUAUUAAAGAUACAACACCCAAAACAGUUGCCAGUUCCAAUUAAUAUAAUUUAAUUUAGUAAUAAUACAAUAACAAAACAAAAGAAAUAUAAUUAUAAAUCAUCAACUUACAGUAUGGUAGAUCUUGUACCGGUACACAGUUAAUACAAUGUGCAAAUGAAUAAUGAUGAAUGCGAAAUAAACACAUAAGAGCACACAAAUACACAAAGAAUAAUACAUGCCUCGUAAACUUAAUAAUAUCUAUCUGAAUCUCCUUCUCUCCGUAUCUGUCAAUCCCUUAUACAGGUGGGUCUACCGACGCGUAAGCCCUGCCUUCCAGAAGCUACUCAGCCUUUGUUUACAUUUCUAGAACAAUCGCAAACAUUCUACAAAAUACUAGGAGACAGUCUAACACGGUUUAAUUGGAAAGGCUGUAGUCAACAAGAUACAUCAAACAAAGAGGCCACGCCCACAAUAAACGCUAACGUCUGCUAGGGAUCUAAUGUGGGGUGAAACAAAGUUCAAGCAUGGGAAAAAAAAAUUGCACUGCAUAACAUAGUGAAUAAAGAAACCAAAUAAAAUAAAGGGUUGGGUAUCAUUAAAACAUGUAUGUAGAUCACUAAACGUCAUCAGCAGUUACUCAAGUGUUUGCACCAAGACCGCUAGCUGUCAUAUUGGAAUAAAAGUGGAAAUAAAAUUAUGAAAAAGAUGUAAUAUUUCACGUCGCCCUUGUGAGGAAGCCGAAGUAAUCUAGGACAGGACCAUGCAGAGGACAUGCGGCACAUUGGGUAAAGACAAUCUAAAGACGAUCUUGGUACCUAUGAUGUUGACGCCCAGUGUGACUGCCCUCUUUGCCCCAUUCUCAUGGCACUGUUCGAGGGCAACGUGGCACACAGGGUGACACAGUGUAUAUUAUGGGAACUUCAGGACUGGCCUAACAAUAGUCUAUAAAUUAUUUGAUUCCGUUUUUUUAUAUUUUUUAAAGGGCGUGGUUUGAAAGCUUUGUAUGCAUACGCACGGAAAGGGGGGUGGGGGUCCAAAAAGUAUGCAUUAAACGGGCGGUGAGGGGAAAAAUUUCUCUUAUUUUGCGUACAUACUAAAUUGGAUGGCCCCUUAUUUAUUAUAAGAUAAGAUUCUUUGUUGAUCCAAAUAAAAAAAGAAACGUUUUUGAUUGCAUUGUACAUCUUCAUUUUCAGCACAAGAAUAAAUACAUAUUUUUAACUAAGAAAACAUUUUACAAGUAUAACUAUUUCAUUUAUAAUUAAUAUUGGCAUGGUCAUAAUUCAUGAUAAUUUAAAGAUGAUUGUUUUUUUUUAUAAGUAUGGUUCAUGACUGUCGACUGAAUGAAAGACAGGGAGUAGGUUUUCUCAUAUCCUGGGUUUUCGCUAAUGCCAGGAAAAUGGGAAUAGUUUUUCCUCAAAUUACAGGAUAAAAUUAAUUUAAUAAAACUUAGUUAAACUUUAAAAGGCUUAUUGAUUUUUAUAAUUGUUUAAAUGUUAUUUUCUAAUGAAUAAACAGCAUUGCUAGAGGUUAGCUGAGAGGUUGGUCACUAUUUGCUUUAUUUUCCAUGGCUUUUCCUAGCAAUGGAUAACUAGCCAAUAAUAUGCUUGUUAAGCAAAAGUUAAACCUGUAUAUUCUUUACAGUACCUGCUGCUAAUUCUAAUUUUGAAUCCCUUAAUAAAUAUUUACAAGCAAAUGUUUCUAACAACUCGUAACAAGGGAAAGUGGUUCAUUUAGAAUUUAAAAAAAAAAUAGGAAUGAUAAUAAAUGUAUCCUUUUAUAUGUAUCUUAUUAUGUUGAUUUUGGAAGAAAAAAAAUAAAUAAAAAGUAUUAAAAAGGUAGUUUUGACACAUGAAGUCUUGGAAUAAUCAGGUAAAUAGAGGUGACACUAAAUGGAUUGCGAAGGGAUUUCAGUUGGAUUGUGGACUGAAACAACAGACUCAGAGAAGUAGGGAUUUUUAAAUAGUUUUCUUUUGUUACUUUGUAUCUUAAAAUUUGAGUUUGCCUUAAAUCAUGGGAUAUGUCGCCAAUAACAUUAUAAUUUCCCUGGAAGUCUUUGGUUUACUAAAAAUGGUGCUGGGUCCAGGGAGAGAAACCCAAGAAACAAUAGUAUGUUCAGAAACUUGAUUAUAAGUGUUUUGUUUUAGUUAAUUAAAUCACAUGAAUCUAUAAUAAUCUGUUUUGUGUUUCAGAAUUACCCUUUAUUUAUAAAAACAGUGACUACUGACAAUGAACUCAAGUUUUACUACACUGUGCAUACUUCUUUAGAUGUUGUUGAGGAAAAAAUUAGCUCUGUUGGUAAGAAUGCCAAUGACUUGAGAGAAUUAUACCUUGGUCUUUUAUACCCAACUGAAGACUAUAAAGUGUAUCCUUUGAAUCAAAUUAAAUGCCCCCAAAAAGUAUGUUUUAUUACAUUGUGCAUACUUCUUUAGAUGUUGUUGAGGAAAAAAUCAGCUCUGUUGGUAAGAAUGCCAAUGACUUUAGAGAAUUAUACCUUGGUCUUUUAUACCGGUACCCAACUGAAGACUAUAAAGUGUAUCCUUUGAAUCAAAUUAAAUGCCCCCCAAAAGUAUGUUAUGUUAUUAAAUAUCAAUUCUUGAAAUAUGUUGCACCAGCAAACAAAUUCUCACAACUACCGGUAUUAUAAAGUUUAAAAAAAUGGUAAUACUGGUAACUGAAUAGAAGUACUGAGAAGUUUCUAAAUUUGGCAAACAGAACAAUUUGUAACAAUUAGCAACUAUAUUUUUUUGUCCCUAAAAACUAAAUCUAUAUAUGGCAGACCUUAAAAAUUGUGGUUUAGAGAAAAUUUCAAGUUCAUUGCAUUUAUGAAUUAUUUGAAUCCUAAAAUACUGAUAUGUUGAUAUAUAUAUAUAUAUAUUAUAUAUAUAUAUAUAUAUAUUUCAACGUAUCAGUAGGCUGGGGUACCACGCUAUAAAAGAAUAUGCCAUGGUCUAUUAAGGAGUGUUACAUGUGUCAUGGACUUGACGAUGUUUGUGUCAUGCACUUGGCAAUGUUUUGAAAUGUUUUUUCUUAACUGUACAAAGGUAUGGCUAUGUCACCAAUACUAAAGUUAAGUUUGUCAUUGUUGUCGACUCUUUGAAUGCAUCACUAAGGGAUAAUGAAAUAAGAACGGUGAGUAAUGCAAUGCUUUCAAUCAACUUAAAAUAUCAGUUGAAAUUACCGGUAAAAUGAAAAUAAUUUUAAUAAUUUUGCAACAGUGCUUGCAUAAAAUAAACGGAAACAUGUUUUUGUUAAAAUACUGGCUGUGCAGUAGUUGAGAUUUCUUAACAUACCCGGUACCGGUACAGCAAAGUCAUAAACAUGAAGUUCUUAUCUGCAAACUGCCCUCUGUCAGUUUCUAAUAGGGGGAUCUGAAAUAGAAUUUCAGUAAUAAAUUUUAAAUACAUUUUAUAAAUACCGGGUACUCCCAAAAUUCAGUUUCAUACUGUGUUAAAGCACAACAGAUUUUCGAUUAUCUUGACUAAUUUUGUUUUUAAGCCUAGUCAGUAUAAUAAAAACCUUAACUAUCAAUUUACAAUACCGGUACCGGUAUGAUAGAGAAGGGCCCUAAAACUGUUUAAACAGGGUGCCCAUUCACUGUCCUUCAGACACUGCUGGGGGCUGGACUAUUUAAAAUAAUUGAACAAAUUCCUAUGCACACUGCACAUACCGGUACCGGUAUCUUAGUUGUAGUGUCAGGUGCAAAAACAAAUGGAAAUAACAAUAUAUUUAAAAUAAAGAACAAUUUAAAUCAACAUAAAUUUAUUAGAAUUUCAUUGGGUAGUAUAAGCCUGCUUUUACUUUAAUGUACCGGUACUGACAUGGUCAAUGUCAGGAUCCAGAUUUGUUUGUAACUGAUAGUCAUAACAAGUGAUGCAAGUGUGCACCUGUAUCUGUUUGGAGAUUUCAUAUAUUUUAUUCUGGGAAGAGUCUGUUCACAGACAUACUUGCUAUUUUGAGUGCAUGAGCCAUGAGAUUAAAAUAUGUCUCAGAGGGGAGAGUUACAUAGGCUGUUUGACUUGAAUAUUCUUUCAGAGAAACCAUUCUUUAUUUCUUCUUCUUCUAUAUCUUAAGGGCCCACGAUCAAUUUAUUGAUCAUUUUGGCUCCUAUGCAUGUAGAUGGGAUUUGCAAUGUUUCUGUUACUGGUGUUGAUGAGGAAAUCAUGCACUAGGGGUUUGAAGGCUUGAGGCAAUAGACACAAAUGUGUCUAGUGUUGUCGCCUCAACCAUUCCUUUUGAAAGAUUGUUCCAGUCCCUGAUUGUCUUGGGCAGGAAUGAGCAGCUCCUAUACUGGCUUCUUGCAGGUAUGAGCCUGAAUUGCCUGUCAUGGCCUCGUCGCUGUCUAUGGGGGAGAGGGACGAGUUUCUGUUUAAUACUGGAACAGUGGACCAGCCCAUUAUUUAUCUUGUACAUCAUGGAGAGCCUGGAUUGUCGUCGUCGUUUCUCCAAUGGUGACCAGCCUAGUGUUUCUAGCAUGCUGCCAACACUAGAGGUAUUCCUGUAGCGGUUUAGGACAAAGCGUGCUGCUCGUCGCUGGACCGCCUCCAACCUGUCAAUGCUCUUCUGGGUAAAUGGGUCCCAGACUGAAGAUGCAUAAUCUAAAAUCGGACGGAUAAAGGCUUUAUAUGCUCUUUCUUUCACACAGGAGUUGCCAAUCUUUAGAUUUCGCCUUAAGAACCCUAGGGUCUUGUUUGCUUGGUUACAUACAUUGUUAAUAUGCUCGUCCCAGCGGACCUCUCUUUGAAUGGUAACACCCAGGUACUUUACGGAGGAAACUUGCUCAAGUAUAUGGCCGUGCAGUUCGUAUUGGUAGUGUAGAGGAGUACAACUUCUAGAGAUUGAUAGUGUCUGGCACUUGGCAGGGUGAAAUUCCAUGUCCCAGCUCAUCUCCCACUCAGCUAACAGAUUAAGAUCCUGUUGUAGCUGGUCCUGGUCAGAUCUGUUGGCGAUCGUCCUAUACACUGCUGUGUCAUCUGCGAACAGUCUUGCCUGUGAUGUCAGUUUAUCGGGUAGGUCAUUAAUGUAUGCCAGGAACAAACAGGGGCCCAGGACUGAUCCCUGGGGGACCCCUGACUUCACAUCGACAAAGGAGGAGCUUGUACCGCCCACCACUACUGCUUGGCGUCGGUGGCUGAGGAAGCUAGAGAUCCAUGUUUUAGUGGUGCCUUGAAUCCCAUAUCUCUGGAGUUUGUGUAGAAGCAAACUAUGAUUCACACGGUCAAAUGCUUUUGCGAAGUCCAUUACUAGCACGUCAGUCUGCUUGUGGUUCUCCAGAUUGGUCAUCAGGUCUUCUACAAAUUCGAGAAGCUGGGUCUCACAUGAUCUAUUGACUCGGAAGCCAUGUUGACAGUUGACUGUUGACAUAUUUUGGCUUUCAAGAUGCUUCAUGACUGUGCUUACGAUUAUGUGCUCCAACUCCAACAGUUUGCAGACCACGCUGGUGAGGGAUAUUUCUUACAGUUCCAUUUGGUAAAUUUGUUAACAAAUUUCAAAGUGGAUAGAAAAUGGGUUACGGAAAAGCCUUAUCUGCAAAAUUUACAGUAAAUUCACACCUUUUGUUUGGGAAUGCAACUUCUGUUUUUUCUGCAAAUAGAUUUUAAGUUGUGGGGAAAUUGUAGAAGUUUUGCUCCUUCCCUUUUUAAACGAGGUCUUAUGUUACUCGACAUGCUUUCACAUGUGAAUGCAUUUCACAGAUUAGCUUCCCUUUUCCUUCAUUUCGCACAACGAAACUGUUGAGUAGCUCUGUUAUAUCUGUCAGAAAGGCAAGAUGCCAUUUUACCAUCCUGAUCCUCACUCUGCAAAGUGCAGAUGUGAUGUCUUAUUAACUCGCCAUGUAUUGCCAACUGUUCAGCAUUUUCUUAGGUACCGGUAGUCGUUUACAACUUUACUACAGUAUUCUGGGACUUGUAUGCAGCCACAUGGGCAAUGUUAAGGACCCCUGAUGGGCUGAAUCUGGCCUGCAGAUUUGAGGACCCCUUUGAUAGAGAAUAUCGAUUUCAUAUAAAUUAUCAUGUUAUAUCUGUUUAAUUAUUAAUAUUGAAAUUUUAGAUACCUUACCCAACAUUUAGAAUUUUUUUUUUUUUCAAAGUGUUUAUUUUUUUAUCCUACUCAAAAUGCAGUUUUAUGACUCCUAUCCUUGCUGAUUUGCUAGGUUCAAAAAUAACAUUCUGAAUAAUUCCUUCUCUUCUUGUCUAACUCUAAAUGUAACUCAAAAAUGUUCUUGCUAUGGUACCUGUACUUACAAAGUGGUUUUAAAUUUAACCAACUUACUAACUGGUAAUUUUUUCCCCCAUUUAGUUUCUCUUAUAUUUAUUCCUCAUUUUCCCCAGAUGUUUAAGAAAUUACACAAUGCUUAUGUGGAUAUGCUUUGCAACCCAUUUUACAAACCAGGAGAAAAUAUCACAUCAAAGUAAGAAUACUGUACUUAUUUUUAUCUUCAGUUCAAGCUCAGUACUUGUACUACCAGUAGUUAAUUUGAUCUUCUCACACUGUGUACUACAGGGUGUAGUGCAUUGAACACAUUGAAUUUCACAUACUUAUUAUUAUAAGUAUAUUUAGUAAUUUAGCAUUCAAAAGUUGAAUCCAAAAUUCUGCACUGCACCCAUCCCAAACGUACAAGGGGAAGAGAGUCAAUCUUUUUUUUGUGUGUCUCUGCAUGAAAUAGAUUGAAUAAUUAAACUUAAGAUGGUGACAACCUGUCAGAUCAUUUGUAAUUAGUAGAUCAUUAGUAGAUGUAAUUAAAAUCAAAUGUUUCAGGUUGAUGGACCAUUUUUCAGACAUUAGGAAAUAACGACAUUACUUUAAGAAUGUUUCAAGUUUUGUGAAACUUUUAGUAGUGUUGAAAGAGGAAUUGCCCUUAAAAUUUGGUUUGUGCUAUACAUUUUUAAGUGAUUUAAAUGCAUGAGAACUAAUUAAAUUGUAAAAUAUUUGUUCACUGUACUUUUACAGAAAUUUUGAAAAUGUAGUCAUCGCCAUGUUGCAGCAAGACUAAAAUUGGUUCAACUGGAUGUGUGAUGCUACAAACAGGACAAGUUACAGCAUUUUCAUUCCAGUGAUUAUACUUCAUAAGCUUAGUAUUAUAAACAAGGAAAGGCAUGUUUUAUUAUAUUCAAAAUUCUGGUUUAAAAAACGUCAUCCAUAUUCAAUGCUGCAAUGGUUUUAACAAGGAAAUAAAUAUAUAAUGUAUGGUAACGAAUUUAUUAUGGGGCCAUCCAUAAAUGAUGUCAUGCAUCUAGGAGGGAGUACUGUUACGAAUUAUUGAGAUAACAUGGAGAGCAUCUAAAUUUGUGACAUUAAAAAAAUCACCCCAAAAAAUAUAAACAUGUUAUUUAUGGAAGGACCAUUUCCCAUUUUGAUUUCCAAUGCCCAUUGAAAUAAAUAUGUAUCAAAUCUGGGAUAGAUUUGACUUAACUGAAAAUGCUUCUCUAAAUGGAUAUUUCUUAAAUAAAUUAGAAGUUAAAAUUGAUUUUUAAUUUUAAGAGAAAGGAUACAAAUUUUAAGUGAAUAAUUUUACUUGGAUGAGUAAAUUAUCUAGAUUUGAAAGUAUGUGCAAUAUAAUUUUUAAUAAACUGUAUUGUUUUAUUUCUUGUAUCUGUCAUUACCAAAAAAUGCAAUUUUGUUUGUGUAAAAAUAUCUGUUUAUUUCAGAUAUAAAUUAAUACAUGCUGGUAAAUAAACUUAUAUAUCAAUGAUAUUUUUACAUUUGAUCUUGGCUUU